AUGAUGUCGACCGGCAAGGCGACUCACAACGAGCCCGGAAAGACAAAUACGCUCUUCAAAUCUAUGAACACUGAGGGGCCUGCAGCUAAAGAGUCGUUGUUUCUCCCCGAUCCACAAGAAUUUGGAAAGGCGACAGAGAAUCCAGCAACUAGAGGCGAUCUAAAUAGAAUGCAGGUGCCUCUGAAUAUCUCGCAUGGGAGUCAGAAUGGGACCGAGGAUAAUCCUCUCUUCCACGCAGCACUUAGGCAUGACCUCGAAGGGAUGAAAAUACUUUUGGACAACGGCGCUGAUCCCAAUCAAUGGUCCAGAGGAUUGCGAUCCCAAGGGUGCAUUAUGGUCGGCAUCCCACAAGAGCUAUCUACACCGUUACAUGCAGUUGCUGGGUUUGAUGAGCUAAGUGGUACCCCCAAACGGACUGCAUUCCCACAGACCGCAGAGGUUCAAGAGCGUGCUCGAGAAUGCUGUCAAAUGCUUUUGGAUGCUGGCUGUGAUCCAAAUGUUCGGGGUUACGAGGAAAACACGCCUCUUCAUUUCUGUGCAGGCAGUAACCUGGUUCUUGUGGCAGAGACGCUUUUAAAACAUGGCGCAGAACCGUCUCCUGUCAACAAGUACGGCCUCACUCCGCUUGCAAUAGUUCCACUAGCUAGUGCAGCCCGCGAUAUCUCUAUGAUCCAGCUGUUGAUGAAUCAUGGAGGCAGGCUGGAUACCACUUGUGGCGCCAGUGGAACCACACCUCUUCAUGAACAUUUUAGUCACAAACGGGAUAUUGACCCGAAUCUGUUCAAUCCUUAUGUGACUGAUUGGAACCUCACUAACAAGAAGGGAGAAACAAUACUGCACCUGAUCAUGGGUUGGACUCUCUCGCCACCAUCUCGAUUGGUCUCGCAGCUGAUUGAACUGGGGGCCGAUGUUCAGUGCAAAGAUCAAGAAGGCAUGCAACCCAUACAUCACUUCAUAACUCACCAAAAACCUGAGCGAUGGGUGGAAUACGACUCUAUAAUACGCCUUCUUCGUGGGAAAGGAGCAAAUCUGGACGCGAAGGAUUUUAAAGGCAGAACUCCUUUGCAUCAUCUGAUAAUGAGAAGAACCUUGAUAGCAGAUGGCUAUCGAGAUGUCUGCGCUUUUGUUCGGACGUUCAGCCCGGAUAUUCACGCUCUUGAUAACGAUGGCAAUGGUGUUCUCCAAUUUGCGCUGCUGGAAGAGCCAUUCCUGGGCCAAUUCGAUUCCAGAACCUUUGAUAUGUGGAUUGGGCUGGUGAAUUUGGGUGCCAGCCCAGUUACUGUGAAUACUUCUGGUGAAACUUUGAUGCAUACUCUAAUGAGAUGCAAUGAAACGCAAAGUGGACACCUUCCGUUCAAAAUGCUCCAAUUGUUGUUUGACUAUGGGUUCUCAAGCGCAUAUCAGGACAAACAUGGCAAUACCCCUCUGCACACGCUUUGCUCAACCCGAUUGAAGUCCAAACUUCUUGGCUGGCUGGAUCACAAAGCUAUUGAUCGUCUCCUCUCCUCCGGUGGUGUCGAAUUCCUUCAAUUGCCAAACCAUGCAGGUGUAGAGCCAAUUCAUCUAGCUGCGGCCGAUUCAAAACCACUCUUAUCGAAGCUCAUUGCCAGAGGUGUUUCAAUCACAAACCAAACAUUGACAGAACAAAACGUUCUGCACUUUGCCGCAUCAGCACGCGAUGGUGACAAUAUCGGUCUGCUCAUCGCCAAAAGCCGUGAAAAGAAAACCCUAGCCUCAAUUCUGAACCAACAAGACGGUAACGGUUCCACACCCCUCCACGAAGCAUGCCAAGCUGGGUCUCUGGAAUGCGUGCGUCUUCUAGUGGAAGCCGGUGCUGCGCUUAACAUCCAGGAUAGCACCGGCGCUACACCCUUGGAUCUCUGUGAAAGCAUAAUAGAUGAAGUCGAGGAAACAGUUGUAAAUAUGUGGGACAAUCUUAUGACCCGAAAUAAUCUUUUUCAAGAAGCUUAUAUCGGCUGUGAACCAAACCCGCAGCCCACAGAUGCCGGCCAAAUGAUGGAAAUCAUCUGUUUCCUCGAACAAGCCCUGGGCCGCGCCCCGCGAUUAAGAGGAGAUUACAAUCUGAACAUUGCCAGACUUCCAUUCAAUCCUUCACUGUCACGUCUCACGCCUAUAUUACUUCGUGGCCAUUACCAGGCUGUUCAGAGACUCAUUGAAUCAGGAAUCAGUUUUCCACUUGGAACCAGUGGAUCCGCAAACAAUGGUGAUAUCGACCUGAAAAGCAGUGAUUUACUUUCCCAGCUAGCCAUGGGCGGAUAUGUGUUCUUGUUCGACAUGAUAGCGGCAUCGCUCAAAGACAAAGACUGGUUGAUUGGUCUGAAUGGUGCACCCCCUUACAUAUGCACAGUAGCGACUCGGACUGAACCAAACAUGGCUAUAUUACGGCUGCUCGUUGAGAAAUAUGGCGCUGACCUCAAUGCGAAAGGGAGGGUCUGGAAAUGCAUCUGGGGCUAUCUUGACUAUGGUGCCCUACAUAUGCUGGCUCGAGGGCAUAAUUGGUGGCAGAAUGGUGCAGUGCAGUACCUGCUAGACAAAGGCGCAGACCCAAAUUUAAAGGAUGGAUAUGGCAGGACACCGCUGAGGCUAGGUGUCAUUAGUCUGAUGAAUGGGGCUCCUUUUAGCAAGGAUAUUAUUCUUUCAUUGCUGGAUGGAGGAGCUGAUCCGAAUGUUCCAGAUGAACAGGGGCUGAGGCCUUUAGAUGAAGAUAUUUGGCAAUCGGAGGUGGUCCAUUGGCUAUGA